AGCGAUUCAGAUUGAAUCGAAAAUCCGUCGCCGUCGGGUGUGUAUCGGUUUUCGGGUGCGCGAUAUUUUCCUUUAAAGGAAAGGGAAUUCCCUUUGGGUCCCAACCAACCAAGCAAGUGAAUGUCCCCCGGGAUUAUUGAUGUGGAAAACGUUUUGUGAUUGGCGUGAAAUACUAAGUGUUAAGUGCCCGGCAAACAUCCGGAAAAGCUGAAAGUACGGAAUCGACGAGUGUAUUUUCGGAGGCGAACCGAGAUUUCGCUGCCAUCCUCCGCUGGAUAAGAGUGAAAAUUGUGCUUGUUGGGGAUUUGGGGCGUGUGACAGUGUCUGGCUAGCUGGAAAACGGCUGAAAUUAAAUUGUAUCGUACCAAGUAGUUUCCUCAGUUUGAAGUGCGUUCUUGUGGUGAAAAGCAGAAAAAUCUUGAUUCCAGUGAAACGCCUGAAGAAAACUUGAACAGCAGUCGGAUCAUCAGCAGAGGCUGUAGGAGAGAAGGGGGAGAGUGCAGCAAAACGCAACACACAAAAAUAGCAUCCGGAUGAUGGCUGUAAUGAUGAUGAUGGUGAUGAUUGUAUUGACGGUUUAAGCGCCCUAAACAUACGAAGGCAACGGAGAACGCAUUUGGGGUUUGGAAUAGUUCAGAAAGCUGCUACGCAAUGGAACCCAAAACGAUGGAUCUGUACGAAUUCCUCGUGGAAUCGGAACUGCAACACUACUACAACUCGCUCAAGAACGAUCUCAAAAUCACCACCAUCGCUCACCUCAAGUAUGCAACGGACGAGGACCUGCGACAGAUGUGUGGCCUCUCACGACCCGAGAUCCGUCGGUUACGGAAGUACUACGAAAAGUACUACCCACACGGUUAUCUGAACAAAAUCAAACGGCUGCUGCAGACACCGAAAAAGGACGACAACGGAGUGAGCAGCCCCACGUCCAAUGUGGAACCGCUAAAAACGUGUCCCUCGCCGAGCAAGAUUCCCAACAACAAGCACAUCAUCCCGGCCGAUGCCAUCACCGUGAACAAGCAGCUCGGCACCGGAGAGUUCGGUAUCGUUCAACAGGGCGUGUGGACUAAUGGCACCGAACGGAUUCAGGUGGCCAUCAAGUGCCUCUGUCGGGAACGGAUGCAGUCAAAUCCGAUGGAAUUCCUCAAGGAGGCAGCCAUAAUGCACUCGAUUGAGCACGAAAAUAUCGUGCGAUUAUAUGGAGUGGUAUUAGAUACGGAAUCUCUUAUGUUAGUUACUGAGCUAGCUCACCUAAGGUCUUUGCUGGAGUGCUUGAAAGACCCUGGGUUGAGGGUCAGCUUUUUAACGGUCCCAACGCUGUGUGAGUUCGCUGCGCAAAUAUGCAACGGAAUGAUGUAUCUCGAGAACAAACGACUGAUUCAUAGAGACUUGGCAGCACGAAAUAUUUUAGUUUUUAGCAAAAACAAGGUAAAAAUUUCCGAUUUCGGUCUUUCUCGAGCACUUGGAGUCGGAAAGGACUAUUACCAAACAAACUUUAAUGUGAAUCUCAAGCUUCCGAUAGCGUGGUGCGCUCCAGAGUGUAUAAACUUUCUUCGUUUUACGAACGCCUCAGACGUAUGGGCGUAUGGAGUUUGUCUAUGGGAGAUUUUUUCGUACGGUUUCCAACCAUGGGCUGCUCUAACCGGUCAUCAGAUACUAGAAGCCAUAGACGAACCCAACUAUCAGCGACUGGAGAAACCCGAGUGCUGCCCAAAAGAGUAUUACUCGCUCAUGUUGAAGUGCUGGCAACAUGAUGCCCUGAAACGACCCAAAUUCACGGAAAUCUAUCAACUUCUUCCGGAUAUGAAACCGGAACAGUUGAAGACUAUAGUUUCGUUCAGUGAACCCAAGAAGGACCAUCUGAUGUAUCGACAAGGAGAGAUCAUAACGGUACUGGACAAAAGUACCAACUCUCCCUUUUGGAAAGGGGUGCUCAACUCGGGUAAAACCGGUCUUUUCAAUCCGGCCAAUACGGUUGCCUAUCUAGAUAGUCUCCCAUCGUCCAUCAAUCGGGAUAGCUUUAGCAGGACAUCGGAACGAACCAGUAAGCGUAAAAUCAGAACUGAUAUGAUAUCCCGACCGCAGAAUGAUCUGAAACACACGGGCCACGUUGGAAUCGAUGGCGCAUAUUUCGGCGACGUUGCCUUCCUCGCCAGUCCGCAGAAUCUCCCCCGUCAAAUAGUCACACCCUAUAAGCCAUCGGAAGAUCUGGAACAAACGCCGCUUCUUCUGCCGCCUACUCCAACCAGUCCGGACUCGAUUCAAACCGCGAGCGGGUAUUUCUCCGAAACGUUACAAACCGGACAUCAGAGCUUCGUCAAUGCUGGUGAGAAUCACGACCGCUCCACUGUGGAUAGUGGAUUGGCUAGUGCGUUCGAUUUCCGAAACAGCGGAUUUAAGGAUAGUAAUCCAUUCAUCAACGUGGACGUGAAUGGAGAUUCUGGUUUGCACAAUCAGGCUAAGGAGUCAAAGUCUUCUGACACUCAGGACCCCCACGAGUAUCACGAAAUCUCCGACGAUGACAUCCCCACGGAGAAGGUGUUUGACCACGGAACUUCCCUGCUGGACGAGAUGGAGUACAUGUUCAAAUCGAUGUCGACGGCAACCGAGCAGCAUCAACACCACCAGCAAUCUCAACCACCGCUGUCGCCGGAUGUAGAAAACAUCAACAAGCGAAACGAGCUGGCCGAACUGUCUUCCAAACUAAAUCGUAAGAACAGUUCCAGCUCCGGAACAGUCAGCAAUAAGGGAGGAAGCAAAUCGAAAAAGAAAACCAGCACCGUGAAACCGAUCUCCAUGAAGGACGAAAAGUUGCUGAACCAAGCCAUCGAAAUUGCCAACGAAAUCAGUGCAAAAUCAAUGACCGAUCUGGUAUCGGAUUCGAGCCAGCAGACAUCGAGUCCCAAGCGAAAGUUUAGCUUCCGCUUUCCGCACAUUCACGGUGUGGUUGGGGGAGGCAGCGGUGGUAGCGGUGGCAGUGCCGGGAGCAGCCAUCACCACUCGUCCGGUUCGGGUUCGAUGGGCCUGGGCAGUGGUGGGGGUGGUGGUGGUGUUGGCGGAGGGGGAUCGGCCGGAGGCAGCCGGGGUGGGAGCUGCUCCGAUAAGGACCACCUGGCGUCGUCGUCGUCAUCCAGCCAUCACCACCUGUCCGGUACGCUGUCGAGUGCGUACCGUGAGAGGCGAAACUUUUCCGAGGAGGCCAAGAAUGUGCCUGAUUUGCACCGCUACCGUUCACUAACCGGUAUCGAAAGCUACCGAAGCAACGACAUCCGAAUCCCGCUCUUCGAUAAGGAAUCGUCCGAUUUCUGUUUCGAGAAGAGCCGAGAACUGCUGAGUAAGCCGUUCGGUUUGGACAUAGCGACUGCAACCCUGGAUGGGCGCCAUUUCGAUAAGAAGACACGUGACUUGAUUGGGGAAAACUUGAUGGAUAUCGAGAAGACGUUGAAUGCGCUGAAUUUAGACUUCUUGCAAACCUACCAAGAGCUGGAGAAGGCGGACUCUGCGGAGACACUUUUCGGGGAGAACUAUGGCAGUGGAACUCCGUAUAGAAAGAGUCCUCCAGCGAGUUCGUUAAUGAGGGGUUCUUCGCUGGAAAGUAGCACAAAGAUAAGCUCAGUUUUAAGCGAAAAGGGUGGUGGGGGAAGUGGUAGCUCAUCGGUAACGGGGAAGAGUCCACCGACGAAAAAGCAAUACGAGAUGAAUUUAUAUUCUGAGUUGAACGGCAGUGGAGGUAGUGUUCGCUCGCCGAAAGGCAUCCCCAUAAGGGAUUUCAAAUUCCGUCAAACGAUCGACUCCCGGUGUAAGGAUCGAUCGGAUUAUUACAAUCUUAAAAAUGAAUACUUAUCGGAUCUGACGAGAAAACAGCAGAACCAAGUGCUGUCCUCGUCGCCGGUUAAAAAGACUGCAAACUCGAGCAAUCAAUCGAUCAAUCAGUUGUACCAGAUAUACAAUACACCAAUGCAGAGCAGGAAGUUCGACGAUCCUAGCUUAAUAGUUAACGCUGUUAGCCAGAACCGGCAGCGUUCUUUGUCUUUCACCGAAAAUUAUGAACUAAAGUCUCCCGUCUCGGUAGAAGGUCAGCUACUAAACAUUUGCCAACCGAAAUCGAUUCAGCAAGCACAAAGUCAACCUAAGCCUAUUCCGCGAAAAGUACUGACCUACAAACCGAAAAGUAUUCGCGCUAGAAAUCUACGUAGACUUAGCUAUAACCCGAUCAGUAUGAUCGACAGUUCGUCUUCCAGUAGCGAAAGUGAGCUGGAUCGAAACCACGCCCAAUCUGAAUGUGACAUCCGAUCGAAGCUCAGUUCUCGACGUAGACGCCAAUAUAUGCAAAGACGUUCCAAUAGUAACAGUGCCAGUAGUCAAGACAAACUGUACGGAUCGAACGCCAGCAUCAAGAGUGCUCCCCAGUAUAACUAUAACAGCGAUCGACAGUACUACAAUCACCCUUACAACUACACAGACUUUGCCGACAAUGAUGACGAAGAGAACAUCUACGACUUUGGUCGAACACCUCCGCCUCCACCACCUCCAGCCAAAUACGCCAAUGAUCCUCCGCUUCCUCCACCAGCAUACUCAGACAAGACCCUAAAACGGGACUACCUAUUCUCGGAGUUUGACGUGUCCAAGCUUACCGGCAAGAGUCCAACCACCCAAAGCUACUUCGGCGCCCAGCAAGGCACACCAAACGUUCAGACACUUCAAAAGCAAUCAUCCACCGGCAGUGGUGGUCUCCCGGCUCAAAUCGCUGGUUCGGUGGCAACGGUUGCCCAAUCGCAGCCCCAACCUGGAUUCCAGUGGCCGGAGAAGAUCCACGGUGCCGUUGUGAAGCAUAACGAUAUGCUGUGGCGUCAGAAACAGCUCUUCGGCGGUUCGGUCGGUUCGGGCCUGGUGGCACCGGGUUUGGGCAGCGGUGGUGGAGCUGGAGGUGGUGGCGCUGCGAAGGAGACCCGUUACUCAAGCGAGACGUCCUCCACGGAGACGGAUUCGGUUGAUUUUCGGCGCGAGUUCGUACCGAUGAUGCCGCCGAGUCCGGCACCGUGAGGGUGCCGGAAAGCAGACGACAUUAGGAUCGUUUGAUAGGGAUAGGGAUUGUAGACGGCUGUAGGUGACAUGGUUGAAGUUUUGUUUUUCUUUAGGAAGUUGUGGUUUUUAUUAGACCUCAGAUUAUGUUACCCAUGUCCGUCCAAAUUUAUAUAAUUUUGUUACAGUAGAACCAUAUGAGUUGUCGAGGUAAUAGCGGUUUUUACAAGUGAAUUCCUAUAUUAUGUUCAUCAGUGCAGUAUUUUAAAGUUCUGUUCAUGAUAGUAUCAACCCAAGAGCUUGCGUUUGCUGGCAAUUACCGCAGAGCUGUUAGACAUCAUCCUUGAAAGCUCCGCUUACGGCUAUAGCUGCGCCCUUUUUCAG